AACCCCACUCGUUUCCCAACCGUUUAAACCCCAUUUUUCCCACCACAACCUCACUUUGUUGCACACACAAUCUCUCUCUCUCUCUCCCCUUGAACCAUGAAACUCUCUCUAUCUCUUUUCUUCAUCUCUCUCCCAUUCUUUCCCCUAGUCUCUUCUCAACAACCCCAAAUCGCCAACGAAAACACGAGCUUCACCUUCCCCUCCUUCACCUCUCUCCGAAACCUCACUCUCCUCGGCGACUCCUAUCUCCGCGACGGCGUCAUCGGCCUCACCAAACAAGUCGGCGUCCCCUCCUCAAGCUCCGGCUCCAUCGUCUUCAACAACCCAAUUCAAUUCUCUCAUCGAGACUCCAAUCUCACCGCUUCUUUCUCCACCUGCUUCUCCUUCUCCGUCAAUAAUCUCAACCCCGCCUCUUUCGGCGACGGCCUCGCCUUCUUCAUCUCCCCCGAUAACCAGACUCUCGGCAGCCCAGGUGGAUAUUUAGGCCUCGUCAAUGCGACCCAGUUCACCAAGAACAAGUUUCUUGCUGUCGAAUUCGAUACGAGACAAGACUUGCAUUUUGAUGAUCCUAAUGAGAAUCAUGUGGGAUUGGAUAUUGAUAGUCUCACUUCUGUCAAGACUGCUGAUGUGCUCACAGUGGGGAUUGAUCUCAAGAGUGGGAAUUUGAUUACUGCUUGGAUUGAUUAUAAGCAUGGAGAGAAGAAGGUCUUGGAGGUUUUCUUGAGUUAUUCUAGUAGUAAGCCUGUGAUCCCAGUUUUGGUGGUGGAGAUUGAUCUUUCUGAUUAUCUUAGGGAGUUUAGGUAUGUGGGGUUUUCGGCUUCUACUGAAGGGAGUACCGAAAUCCAUCUUCUUGAAAGUUGGAGUUUUUCGACUUUUGGGCUUAAGGCGGUUAGGUCAAGAUUGCCGCCUCAUAAUGUGUCUGAUAAUUCGGUGGUUAUAAGUCCUCCGAUGAUCCCGGCUUCUGGGAAAGAUGGUGAUCAUCACAAGAGGAUUGGGUGGGGGCUUGGGAUCGCGGGGCCAGCGUUCUUUUGUGUUUUCCUUGGGCUGUUUGGUUAUAUUUCGGUUAAGAAAUGGAAGGGGAUGAGGAUGGAUAAGUCUCUAAAGGCUGAGCUUGUGACAGGUCCUAGGCAAUUUAGUUACAAAGAACUGAAACUGGCUACUAAAGGGUUUCAUGCUAGUAAAAUUGUGGGUCAUGGAGCAUUUGGCACUGUGUACAAGGCCUUUUUUAUGUCGUUGGGGACGAUGUCUGCGGUCAAAAGAUCAAAGCAUUCUCAUGAAGGUAAAACUGAGUUUCUCGCUGAGUUGUCGAUUAUAGCUUGUUUGAGGCAUAAAAAUUUGGUUCAGCUUCAAGGUUGGUGUGCUGAAAAGGGAGAGUUGCUGCUUGUCUAUGAGUUUAUGCCUAAUGGAAGUCUUGAUAAUGUGUUGUAUCAAGAAUCUGAACAAGGGUUCCCACUGAAAUGGUUAUACAGAUAUAAUAUUGCUGUCGGGUUGGCCUCUGUUUUGACUUAUUUGCAUCAAGAAUGUGAGCAACAAGUGAUUCACAGAGACAUAAAGACUAGUAACAUUAUGCUGGAUGCGAAUUUCAACGCCAGGCUCGGAGAUUUCGGGUUGGCGAGGCUGAUGGAUCACGACAAGAGCCCUGUUUCUACACUCACUGCUGGAACGAUGGGGUACCUUGCUCCUGAGUACCUUCAGUAUGGAAAAGCAACUGAGAAAACUGAUGUUUUUAGCUAUGGCGUCGUUAUACUUGAGCUGGCCUGUGGAAGGAGGCCAAUUGAUAAGGAAAUAGAAGGCCAGAGAAUGGUGAAUUUGGUUGACUGGGUUUGGGGGUUGCAUUCUCUGGGAAGGCUUGUUGAAGCUGUUGAUAGACGCUUGAAUGACGAGUUUAGUGUGGAAGAAGCUAAGAUGUUGCUGCUUGUUGGUUUGAGCUGUGCCAAUCCAGAUAGUUCCGAGAGGCCCACAAUGAGAAGAGUGUUUCAGAUUCUUAAUGGAGAGGCAGAGCCUAUGGUGGUGCCAAAGAUGAAACCAACCCUCUCUUUUUCUAAUCAUUUGCUAUUAAGUCUUGAAGACAUUGUUUCUGAUUGUGAAGAAGGUCAGUCUCCGGAGCACAUAUUCGAGAUCAAUGCUGUAUAACCUCAAAGCAAAAUGCAAGUAUACUAGUUUGUAUCACAGACAAGACAACUGAAAGAUAAUCAUAGUUCACUGGUGCAAGUUCAAAGCAUCAUUGAACUGUUUUGGU